GAGCGUCGACACAGAAACGAGACCACGUUCGAGCACGCGGCCGCCGCGCCCGCCACGGCCGUGGGACAAGCGCUCCGCACGCAUUACCCACCGCCGCAACAGCCCGCACGCCAAACGGUGCCAUUCGCUGCGCCAACAAGUACAACACGCAGCCCCGCGUCGCUACAACACGCAGCCCCGCGCCGCCGCGGCGCCGCGAUGCUUCCAAAGCUGGAGAAGCCGCGCAGCCCCACGAGCAUCCUCGAGAGUGCAGCAGCCGCCGUGGCCCUCGUCGUCACCGCGCGGCGCGGCCUCGUCGUCCGCGCGGGCGUCGAACUCAAGUCAGCAGAGGUCGCGAAACUAGACAAGGGCGUGCGCUGCUUGGCUGAUGAGGAACGGGACAGUGAUGGCAAAAGACGAGUGCGUUUGAUAAACCCCAUCAAGGGCUGGGCCUCGCGGAAGUGCCUGCGCGCGGCGUGGGCCGAGGAGGCGAAAGCGACGGGCUGCGUGCGCUGGGUCGUCGAUGUUAUGAAGUGGACUCCAUCUGAUCAGGAAUUCGACUUCCUGCUCGCAUUGAUCCCGGAGGCGCCCGAGCGCGACGCCGUGACGCGCUACAAGCAGGUCGACGACCGCAAGCGCGCCCUCGUCAGUCGCUUGUUGAUCCGACGCUGCGCGUCACUAUGUCUCAACCUCGACCAGCUCGCCUCGAUCAAAGUCGCGCGAACGAAAGGUAGAAAGCCCUUCCUCAAACAUGCGACCAAGCCUGAUGAUCGUCUUAAUUUCAACGUGAACGUGUCCCACGAGGGCCGUUAUGUGGUCCUGGCGGCGGAGCCCUGGUGCCUCUGUGGGAUUGACGUCGCGGCGCCCCGCGACACCAAGCUCGACUCGUUGAAGCAGACGCUGACGGCGACGGAGUGGGCCUUCGUGGAUGGCGACGACAAGCGGUUCCGAGCGUUGUGGGCCUGCAAGGAGGCCUUCACGAAGGCGCGCGGCGACGGGCUGGGGUUUCCGUUCGCAGACGCGGAGUUUACUCUGAUCUAUGAUGGAGACGCCUCCUUCGAAGCUUCUGUCGCGGUUGAUGGUGCCACAUUGCCCGACUGGCGGUUUCGCGGAGAGACUCUGAAUGACCACGUCUGCGUCGCGGCGCGCGGACCCGUAUCUGCGAUAGUGGAC